AUGGCAGAUAAGGGUGACGACCCAGAGGAGGACGGAGGCGUUUACCGAGUUUGGUUUCCCAGGGAAGGAGCGGGACUGGGGCCGCUGACGCCAAAGACUAAAACUCCCGAUAUAGAGCCAGGGCUCUCGGGGCUCCUGAGGCUUUCCGCGGGCGGCAGCGGCGGGGUCUGGUUUACACUGUAUUCGGAGCGCCCCCUCUGUUCCACGCGCACUCCUAGGCCACCGCUGGUUGGGGAAGAGGAGAGGUUACACUUUGAGUUGGGGGAUGGGUGCGCACUGAGCCAUCCGCAGCCAAGUCACUCCAGUAAACACGCCCGGCGGGGGCAGGGCGGUAGGCGCGCGCAGCGGGGAACCCGGCGGGGACGCCCCCGCCUUUACCUGUCAGAGCCUGCACGCGUCAGCGGCUGCAGCGGCGCGGAGGCGGGGCUUUCCAGCCCGCGCGCUGGGCGGGAUUUAGCGGGGGCGGGGCACGCGGUGAUUGGGCGCGGCCUCGGGGCCGCCAGCCUGAGCUGGGCUGCAGGGCUGCGCAGGUUUCACUUCGCUCCGCGCAGCCUCCAGGUCUCGAGCUUGCAGGAGCGUUUGGUCCCACGUCGCCGCCGCCGCCGCCGCCGACACCACCGCUAUCGCCACCACCACCGGCUUCUCACAGUCGCCCUGCGCGUCCUGUUCUCUGCGGCCAGCAUCGCUUCAGACUGCUGGGUUCGCCCCGCUCCCGCCGCCGCCACUCACUCGGCGCCCUUCCCCUGGCCCUCGUCCCCCCAAUGUCUGACUCUGACUCUCGGACUGAGAAACGCAAGGCCGACGUUUCGGGCAACCGCUGCGUUCACCUUCUCAGAUGUGUCUGGGGUCCCUGCCCCGUCUGCGGGCGCCCUGCGGAUGAUGCCAGACACACAAUCCACAGACGGCGAGAGACCAAGGGCCUCCUCCGACCGCCGGGUCCAAGCAGUGGAGGAGCCGCAGGCGAUAGAACCUGCUCUGUCCGAGAGCCGGGCCGUCUUAAAGACUCAGGCGUGCCUGAGCGCAGCCCAACCUAUUCGCAGUGUUGGCUGGCGGUGCCUUGCCCUCGGGGACCUGUUACUCGGGGUUGGCGCAGGUAGUGAAAGGCCCGCCGGACGCCUGGCUCGGGGCCGAAAGUGUUCCUCGGCUGCGGCGGUCACGGGUGCGCGCGGAUAAGCGCGUCCGUGGCCAGUGGUGGCCGCUCAGAUUUG